AUGUCCACUACAGAGAGCUCCAGCCGGUCUGCGGACAAGGAUCCCAGGCAGCAGGUGGAUCGUCUUCUCUCAGGGCUGCGAUGGAGGCGACUGGAGGAACCACUGGGCUUCAUCAAAGUUCUCCAGUGGCUCUUUGCUAUUUUCGCCUUCGGGUGCUGCGGCUCCUACAGCGGGGAGACAGGGGCAACGGUGCGAUGCAACAACGAAGCCAAGGACACGAGCUCCAUUCUUGUUUUAUUCGGCUAUCCCUUCAGGUUGAACCGGGUCCAGUAUGAGAUGCCCCUCUGUGAUGAAGAAUCCAACUCCAAGACCCUGAACCUCAUGGGAGACUUUUCGGCACCUGCUGAGUUCUUUGUAACCCUGGGGAUCUUCUCCUUCUUCUACACCAUGGCUGCUCUGAUUCUUUACCUUCGUUUCCACAACCUGUAUACUAAGAACAAGCGUUUUCCUCUGGUGGACUUCUGUGUGACUGUCUCCUUCACCUUCUUCUGGUUGGUGGCAGCAGCUGCAUGGGGCAAGGGCCUGACGGAUGUGAAGGGGGCCACUCGGCCUUCUAGUCUCAUUGCCGCCAUGUCAAUAUGCCAUGGAGAUGAGGCUGUCUGCAGUGCUGGGGCCACCCCCUCCAUGGGGCUUGCCAACAUCUCUGUGCUCUUUGGCUUCAUCAACUUCUUCCUGUGGGCUGGGAACUGUUGGUUUGUGUUCAAGGAGACCCCGUGGCAUGGGCAGGGCCAGGACCAGGACCAGGACCAGGACCAGGAGGCCGGCAAGGAGAGUGCAGCCGAGCAGGGCGCUGUGGAGAAGCAGUAG